AUGGCCGCCCUGUGAUCGUCAAGAAACAACACUAUCUUCUUUAUUUCUCAGGAAGUUUUUUCUCUCGUUCCCGUUUUGUAUGUAACCGAUUUAUCCCUUAAGUUUACUGUGAGCAACAAGUAUGAGUGAGCUUACUCCAGAUGAGAUUCGUAGAAGGCGUCUAGCCCGGCUUGAUGGCCGCUCGGCGGCCACUUCAAAAACUCCACAAGCCGGCAUCGAUCUGGCCAGUGAGCCCUGUGGGUCCUCAGUUAAACCAAAUAAUGCAGAUAGCAAAGAAAUGGUCCAAGAACGGAUCCCUGAGGCACCCAAACCACAAGAAGCCGAUAGUGUCUUGGAAAAGCCAAGACUCAGUGGCAUGGAAACAGACGAAUCACAGAGCAGUCAAAGUCAGGCGGCUGAAUCAAUGGAGAGCGCCCUCAAUGUUCACGACAGUCUGGACUCGGGAUUUCCAGCUAGUAUGGAGAUGGAUUCAGAGUCAUGUGACCAGGGAAGCCAAUCCCAGAUGGACGUGGACUCAGGGAUCGAGAACCCGGAGCUGGAAGAAACGGACAAGAAAGUAAAGAAAUUGUCUGCUGAAAAGGAACCUUCCCAGAAGACACUGAGUGAAGCCGAUCUCUUACAGAUGGUGUCUCGCAUCUUUCGCGUAUCGUGGAAAGAACAAGGAAGAGACGUGGUAUACUUGGCCGGGCUGGCCACUGAGUUCGCCGAAGAGCCUGAACAAGUAUUUUCCAACACGGAGGACCUGAUUGGUCAAGUGAUGAUGGAGGUGCUAACGCAACAUGCGUGCACCGGUAACCCGUUUGCGAAUCUCUCCGCAAGCUCAUCUACAGUGUCAGCAGCAUCCACAGGGGGCCACUCCCCACAAAGUUCAUCACAGCAGCCGGCUCCACAGCCCAGUAGUGCUGGGGACCAGUGUGGCAGGGAACCAGAGAAUCCUGAAUCAGAGAUGUUGUCAUAUCUACUCCAGUCUUACCGGCGCGUCAUGGCCGAAGAGCGUGCCUCGCCCAAGCGUUACAGUCAGACACAAUUCAAGAGGCUAGUCUCUUCUGCCAGGUCACAGUGUGUUUACCACGCAGCGUUAGUCUUACAGGGAGCCUUCACACAGCCAGGGAAUGCUCCGUCCAUGCUUCUGCCACAUCUUCUAGCUCACUCUCUUCCCACGAGCUUCCUUCGAGACCUGGUUGCUGCCACUCACGAAGAUGCAUCCAGUUUUGGAUUGAUAUUUACCCCAGUGUUGGUGGGUCUUGUUCAGGAGAUACAGAGAUGCUCCCUAGACAAUGACAAGUACAAAGCAUCGUUAACUGCAAUGAACGAGUUGUGCAAAAUCAAAUUAGGAAACUCCAAACCUAUAUGCAAGCUUAUUACGUCCUUACCGGAGUGGUUACCAGACCCCAUCACUGGCGCUGCCGGCAGAGAAGUUGAAAAACUCUCUCUUUUAGGAGCUUUCCUGUCACUCUCCGUCUUUGCUGAAGAUAAUACAAAAGUUGUCGAGAAAUAUUUCUCUGGGCCGAUGUUGACACAGGACGACAUUCGACUGCUCAAUGAAAGUUUACAACACCAUCUACACUAUGUCAGGAAAGAGCUACAUGACAUUGUGCACAGCAUCCUCGUUAACUCCGACAGUCGAGAGGCGAUGGUGACGUACUUUGCAACCGUCAUAAAACGGAAUCAUAAAAGAGCACAGAUGCAGGUGGAUGAAAGUCUCGUUGCCGGCGAUGGAUCCAUGCUGAAUCUCUUGGUCAUUUUACAGAAACUCAGCACCAAAAUUACUCUAGAUAUGAUUGAUGUGAUGUACCCUCAUCAUCCUAAAUCCCUUAUUGACAUCGCCAAUGACACCAGACUAAAAGCAACAUCACAAGAGGCUACUGAAUGGGUGGAGCAAACCAAAAAACCUCCAACGUCUUGGGCUGAUCCCAAGUUCCCGACCCAAUGUUACUUCCUGACGUUGCACUGCCAGCACCUAGCCCUGAUGCCGGCGUGUCGUCACUUCACCCGGCGUAUCCGGGGGAUGAGAGAGCUUGCCCGCAUGGUAGAGGAGAUGCAAGGACAAGAGGAGCAGUGGAAGGGCACGCCCAACGAGAGGCGUAACCGACAGCUCCUUGAUAAAUGGAAGUCACAGAUAAAGAAACUUGAUAAAGCCAAGAUGUGCGGCGAUGCAGGCCUCCUAGACGAGACACUCCUCAGGAAUUGCUUCCAAUUCUACGGCUCGGUCAUGUCCCUUCUUCUGAUGAUGCUCAAGCCAAAGGACCAAGAAAGAAUAAGUCUACCUCUGCCGAAGGAAGUGCCCAUGGAGUUUGCCACACUACCAGAACACUACAUCGAAGAUAUUGCUGAAUUCAUCUUAUUUACUGUACAACACUGCCCACAAGCUCUUGAAGACACUGCCCAACAAGACAUGGUUCAAUUCAUCGUGACCAUCAUCUGCUCUGCCCACUGUAUCCGCAACCCGUACCUUGUCGCUAAGCUAGUAGAGGUUGUAUUUGUCCUGAGUCCAGCAGUUCAGGCGAAGACGGCAAAGAUCUACGAAGCUAUCCAGCUACAUCGACUAGCUUUGAAUCACUUGGUUCCCUCUCUUAUGACUUUCUAUACAGAUGUUGAGCAGACCGGUGCGAGCAGCGAGUUCUACGAUAAAUUUAGCAUCCGCUACCACAUUAGUAUUAUCUUCAAAUCGCUAUGGCGACUUCCUAUGCAUCAAAAUGCCAUGGUCAGAUUCAGCACAACGCAGUCUGAGUUUGUACGUUUUAUCAACAUGCUGAUGAACGACACUACAUUCCUACUGGAUGAGAGUUUAGCUUGUCUAAAGAGAAUCCACGAGGUUCAGGAAGCCAUGAAGAACAAAGAAGCAUGGAAUGCUUUGGAUCAGGAGGAAAGACAAGGGAAGACUCGCCAGCUCUCUACGGAUGAACGUCAGUGUCGAUCCUAUCUGACAUUGGCCAAUGAGACUCUAGAGAUGUUUAAUUACCUCACUAAUGUCAUCAAGAAACCAUUCCUAAGACCCGAACUUUGCGAUCGUCUCGCUGCCAUGCUGAACUUUAACCUUCAGCAGUUGUGCGGACCAAAGUGCAAUGACCUCAUUGUGGAGAACAAAGACAAGUACGGCUUCCAACCGCGCAAGAUGCUCGACCGACUAACCACGAUCUACUUAAAUCUGGACAGCGAGGAACUGGCUGUUGCCCUUGCCAAUGAUGAGCGCUCGUUCCGAGCCGAGCUUGUCAAAGAUGCGAUUCACUUCCUCUACAAAUUCAAGACGCAUUCAGAGAUCCAGCAAUUCUCAAAACUGAUGGAUAGGGCCAGCGAGAUCCGAACAAGAAUCCAACAGCAGGAAAUGGACUUUGAUGACGCUCCGGACGAGUUCAAAGAUCCUCUGAUGAAUACACUAAUGUAUGACCCGGUCAUUCUCCCCUCCGGUCAUAUCAUGGAGAGAAAGAUCAUCGAACGUCAUCUCCUCAACUCCCAGACAGAUCCCUUCAACCGUCAAGAACUCACCAGCGACAUGCUGGAACCAGCCACUGAUCUCAAGCAGAAAAUCUUAGAGUGGAUGCAAUCCAAGUCUACACUGUGACGAGGUCACGCUGUGCCACCUCUCCCACCCCCCCCACCCCCUAGCAAAGAUAUUCCUCGAAAAUAGUCAACGACAGGGUGUUAUAUAAACGUCAACUUGCAACAAUAAAAAAUAAAAACUGUAAAAAAAGACAGGCAUGAAACAUGAAAUCAGAAAAUGCAAAUGAGGUUUUUGUUAACCCAUUUUAAAUUUUUUUUUUUAACUAUUUAUUGAUUUCUGAUAAGUUGAAGGAUUCAGAGAGAUUCAGCGUCAAUUUUCCUUCAACUGAAAAUAUUGACCUGUAAAGGAAAGAAGUGGAAGACACUUAAAUAAUAUUUAUCUUUAUUCAUAAAAAUAAUGUUUACCUCUCUUUCUCCUUUUUUCACCGGCAAAAGUACCGUUCUCUUUCUAGCACGAUAUUCAACUGCCCUUGUCACCAAUCUUGGGUGAACUCACACUUAAGUGUUUAAACACAUGCAAUCGUGGACCUCCUAUUUUCUCUCUUUUGUUUGUACUUUUUGGCAACAUCUCGCGUUUGUUUUGCAACACUUUCCAACUGGUGACCUUGUUUUCCUCUUAAGAAAUAGGUCCCCGGUUUAAAUGUGAAUACCUACCCAGCCUCACUUUGUCGUGUUCCAUGUCUAUAAGAGCACUCACUAUGCUAAGAUAAACAAAAUACAAAGAUUGCCAUAUUUGAAAAGAUGAUACUAGUGGUCUCCAAUGCGAAAGAAGUGCCAAUUCUUUGGAGUUUGAGAAAUAUGUUAUAGUACAUGAAGCCAUAUUAUUUUCUAAUAAUACAAUUUUGAUAAUUUAAGUUCAUUUUGUAGUAUUUUUGUGUUAAUAUUUGUUGGAGGAUUGGCAGGAGUACAGCUGUCAUUUGUUCUUGUAAGAGGUGCAUGUUCUGAGAAAGCAAUGGUGCAGUUUAUUGAUGUUUCGAUCAGUAUGUUCCGAUGGUCUUCAGGAUUGUAAUGAUCGAAACUUCAACUUGUUUUACCACUGGCUCUUCUCAGAUCAAAGGCCCUAAUAUCAUAAAGCUGCAUUGCAGGGAACCGUCGUAUACAAUAGAGAUUGCAUAGUAUUUUGGCUGGUAACCUGUUAUGCUAAGCAAGAUCAUAACAUGCUUAGCAACUCUAUCUAUAACUAAAAAACUUACACGUACAACCAUGUGUAAAUCUCUUUGUGGAGAAGUGUUGGCUCUAAAAAAAAAUUGUUUUGGCUCGACGUUUCAAACAGUAUACUCUGUUCAUCUCCUGAAUACGAAUAUUCUGUUUGAAACGUCAAGAUUUCAGAGCCAACACUCUCCCCACCCAUGAUAAAUUUACAUUUGUUUAUACCCGCACGUUUACUAGUUAAAGUUACUUCCUGAAGAAUAUUAUGCUUCAGUGUAACAACUUAUGUCAAUUCAUCAUUAUUUAUUUUUACUGAAGAAACAUUAACGUAAAAACAUAGUUUUCUCAAGGGUGCUAAGGAAACAAAAUAACGGACAUUAAUUAUUGAUGUUAAAGGAGUUUUAACAAAUGACCCUUGACCCAGGAACUUCGGCGCUGUAUUUUUUACUUUUAUUUUUCAAAAUAUAUGUACAUCUGUAGUCGGAUGUCAAUAUUUCGGGGGGAAAGUAGUACAGUGCCCGAGUUACUGGGUCAAAGAUGACCCAAGAAUUGGGGAAAGUGUUUUCAACUUAAUAUUUCCAGGCAUUAUAUUUGACUUUGAAAGAAAGUAAGUAACAGUUUAUCAAGUUCACGAUUUCAGGAUUACCUCAAAAUCUCCCUGAGACAAAUUUUCAUGAAAGAAGUUAAGUUGUAACCAAAGGAAGAAAGAAAUAUUCCACAUUUUGUCUAAACCUGUAGUUUUGUGUUUCUGGUGAUGCACAGACUUUGUAAGCCUUCUGAAUUGCAUUUUCUUGGAUGUUCUUGGUCUAGAAUAACAGGGAACCCAGGCCAGUGAGCCAAUUUUUCAUGAACGUUUAGUAAAAUCUUAUCCCGCAUUCACCAAAGGGUAGUUGUAUAAUAUACGCUUACCAUGGAGCAGCCAUCUUGUUUUAAGGGGGAAAUAGUCUGGUCCAGUAUAGAUGUGAUUAAGUAUUUAUUAUUAAUGAUGCACCCAGGCAGGGAACUAGACAAGAUAGUGUUGGCAAUAUAUAAGGCCUAGAGUAUGCUGAAAGUGCAGCAUUGAUAACAAAAUAUUCAUCAAAAAAUUUCACUGAAAAUGUUAUCACACAAAUACCCUUGUCACAAACCACAGACAUAUUUUCAAGUCGUAUAAAUAAUACAACUGUACAAAACUGCACAUGCAACGACACUGUUUAAUAAUGGAAUGAUACACAAAGGAUGUCAACGUGCUAAAAAUAUCGGUAUUUAUCUUUAUUUUCACAAAAACAAGCAUUGCAAGUUUUGUUCACUCUUUUAAAAAACGUGCAAUCUGUGUAAAGCGGUAGUUGAACUUGAAAAGGGGUAAGGACAAAGUACAGAAUUGGUAAAAAUAUGAAAGUUUUGAUCAUUUGAAAUUCUUAAAGAACAAUCCUCAAGAGAUAAUAGUUUUAAAACACACCACAAAUAAAUGCUAUUUCAACUCGAGCAAUCCAAAACGGCCCAAGUCGAACACGCACAAUAUCCCUACAAAAUAGGUUUAACUAUUUUUCUCAUCAUUUACCUCAAACUUUGUAAUAUUUCCACAGAGGGAUGAAAUUUCCGUUUAAAAAAAAUUGCCAUAUGUUUUCAAAUAUUUUUUACCAAUUAUGUACUUUCAUUCAUCCCAAAACUAUUAACUGUUUAAGCAAACUUGUUUUGUCGCACACACACAAAAAUAAUAAUUUGAAAAUAUCUGAAGAAUAUUCAAGCUGCUAUUCCAAACCUAGGAACGUAUUGAUGUCUCGUCCAAAAAUAGCACCUAAAAAACUAGGAAUCUAUAACUUUCAAAAACCAAAUCGUAAAGUUUAAACAAGAAAACUUGCUUUCCGCAGAGAGGAAUUCUUUUUAAACAGUUGUUUAUAAAUAAAGCUGUAAUAUUAAAAUUAUUUGACAGAGAUCGAAGAUGGAAUUUUAGAGUUAUCAACUAAGCAAAUGUAAUAAUACUAGAUAUUAAAAAAAAACCAGUUUAAUAACUUGUGAGGAGACCUCUGCAAGAACAAAGACACUUUUAGGAGACAAUGACUCUUUUGUACUCUGUAUUGUUGUCUUCUUGACAAUGAGGCAAUUGUAUGCAAAUAAAUGCCACACUAGUAAGUCAAGAAA